CUACCUUCCAUGAUGGGGGUAUAAAACAGGCAUCAUCACUGCACAAUUUUCGCAAAAUGGACGCUGCAAUUAUUGACCAACCUGAUUCCGAAUUGUUGAGUUCCUUUGAGGAUCGGGUGUGCGAAGAAGUAAUUGAAUUGGAUAUGUUUCGAAAUGCUGAUAAAGUUAUCAUACAAGAAAAGUCUCAACGACUUGGAGGUACUUUUACACUGAUCUUUUUGCUUGAUGUGUAGACCUCAAGCCACGUAUGAAAAUAACAAAUUUGGUAUUUCACUCUUGAGUAUAUACGCUAUACAGAGAUUGCGCCAUUGUCGGUCAAGUGAUAUAUACAGUGACACACAGCCAUAUAUAAACUACUCCGCAUAUAUCAUGUGUGCAACGCCAGAAACUAUAUGUUUAUAUACGAGAACACAACAUCCUGAAAUAAUGAUAAAAUUAUUUCGAAUUAAAAGUUUAAAUAAGGGGAAAUACCAGAAGAAACAUAAUAAGCAUGACUUUUGAAUAAAGUAUGACCAGUAUAUAUAGACGAGUAUAUAUAGUUUACUGAUGUAAAAUACAAAACGGUUACGCAAGCAAUAUCGACGUUUAUUUACUAUAUAUACGAAGAUGUAUGGCAGAUGUUUUACAUGCACUUAUAGGCUAUAGCAGCGUCACAGAAACGGUGAAAAUUAUUAUAAACUGAAUUGGGACAUUAUAAUUAUAUAAUAUAAAAUCACUUCCCUGCAAAAGCAAACUGAUUAUAAAAAAACUCAUGAAUUGGUUGUCUCGGAUACCUUUAUACUUACAAACAGUUUUCUAACAUGAUUUUGCAAGGCAGAAGCCCGGGUAUAUUUGCUAAUAAAAUGCCUAAAUUUUUUAGUGUGUCCCUUGAGAUUGCUUGAACGUAACAUGAUUUAUAAUGACUAAAUCUAUAUGAAGGCCCAUAAUAUAUACGUCGACGCGAUACGGCUAUAGUCGUCUACGAUUCUUAUCCUGGUGUAUGUAGGCCUACUCGAAUAAAUGCGGUGUAAAUUAAGAUCUCGCAUUUCAAAUUUUGCCAUAAAUUGAUGAACGUGCAGGAAUAGUGGCGUUAGCAGUAGUUUUCUUACGCCAGAAUGACAAUCGUAUUCGUAUACGACUUUAGUUAAUUUAUCAUGUAUAAAUGGUUCUUAAAGAUGUCACAUUUCAAAUUUCGCCAUAGACUGCAUGAUAUGACAUGAACAGGUAUAGUGGCGUCAUACGGCAGUCGUUUUCAUACACCAGAAUGAAUCGUGUACGCCUAGUCGUAUCGUGUAAAUGCCUUUUAUUAAUAACCUUAUAAGGUGGUUUUAGGUUAAAGGGAGUAGAGUUUUCCUCGCAUUUUAAACGGAUAGCAGAGCUUUAAUUUUAACGAUUAUAUAUAUAUAUGAGCCAUAUAUAGCCCUUAUUCAUAAAUCGCAAUCGGGGCCUCGUAUCGUAGGGAACGAGAAUAAACGCGGGAAACAAGCGAAAACUGCUUGACAAGCCAAAGUCAGAUGCUAUUGGGUCGAAUUUAACGGCUUGUUUCUUUUUGCUUAUUUCGAUUUAUAACGAUUUUUGUGUGUAUUUUAAAACUUUGUGCCCAGAACGAAAGCUGUAAACAAGUGUAUUAUAUCUAUAUCUAUCUAUCUAUCUAUCUAUAUAUAUAUAUAUAUAUAUAUAUAUAUAUAUAUAUAUAUAUAUAUAUAUAUAUAUAUAUAUAUAUAUAUAUAUAUAUAUAUAUAUAUAUAUUAUACACUAUAUAUAUAUUAUACACUAUAUAUAUAUAUAUACUAUAUAUAUAUAUAUAUAUAUAUAUAUAUAUAUAUAUAUAUAUAUAUAUAUACAGGGUGUAUAAAAAAAAACUGAACAGAUUUGAAAUUGCUCCCAAUUUCGCAAAACACCUAGUUGUAUCUGGUUUUAUAUAUGUAUAGCUUCUUUGGGUACUUAUAAUGUAAAAUAAUGAAAAAAAUUUCUCGAACUCAAAUUUUGUGAACCAGGGGGUGUGUCUUUUCCAACAAACUAAAAAUGGCUCGCGCACAAAAUUUAAAAGCUGUAAUCAUAUUUUGAGUUAAUAGAUUGAAAAUUUCUCGGGUUUUUAAUUACUGUGCAAAAUUUCAGACAAUUUGGUUUAGUUUAAGCCCUUUAACUAUUCAUUUUGUUCUAAAAAGUCAGCCUUUCGCAUGCUUAAUUAAUGCCUUUACCUAAUUUGCAUAUUGCUGACAUAUGCAAAUUAGGCAAAUGCAUUAAUUAGGCAUGCAAAUAGCUGAUUUUUCAGGAAAAUUGUAACUUUGCGUGAAUAGUUAAGGGGCUUAAACUGAACCAAAUUGUCUGAAAUUUUGUACAGUAAUUAAAAACCCGACAAAUUUUCCAUCUGUUAACUCAAAAUAUGAUUGCAGCUUUUAAAUUUUGUGCGCGAGCCAUUUUUAAUUUGUUAGAAAAGACACUCCCCCCUGGUUCACAAAAUUUGAGUUCGAGAAAUUUUUCUCAUUAUUCUACAUUAUAAGUACCCAAAGAGGCUAUAUAUAUAAAAAACCGGAUACAAAUAGCUGUUUUGCGAAAUUGAGAGCAAUUUUAAAUCUGUUCAGUUUUUUUUGAUACACCCUGUAUAUAUAUAUUCGUAUUUUUUCUUUAUUCUAGAAGGGAAAACGUACUCGGUAACUGACAAUAAAACAAAAACGGAAUAUUAUGAAAUAAAACAAGGUACUUAAUUAACUCCAUAAAAUAUAUUAUUUGUCCGGUGUCACAUUAUCUAUGCUGCUGAGAGCUGGUAAUAAAAAGGGGAAUAAAACAAAUUAAAUGAAACCAUCGACGUGUGUCAAAAGUAAACAUGAUGAGGUUUUGUUUCAAUUUCAUUUCCCCCUAAAUAAAACUGUCCACAAUAUACAGGAUGAUGGGGGGAUCCCAUUCCACAAGUUUGAAAGAUCUUGCAGCUAAAAUUCAAUGUAAAAUUUAGACAUUUAGCGAUAACUAAAAUAAAAAACUACUUUGAUAAAAUUUGUCAAUGAUCCGUUCAUAAACUUCCUUGACGUACAAUACUAUAUACAGUAUAAGUUUAGCCAGGAAGAGCCAGGAAUACGGCCGUUCAAAUCAUGAAAAUGUUCUGGGACAGCACUUCCAGCCCAUCAUCUAUUUAUUCUAGGAAUUCACUGGAAUUGUACAAAGUUAACAUAUGCCAUUCAACAGUAAUUAAUGUCUGGCCACAAAAUUUCCCCUUUAUAACGAUUUUGUCAUAUAAUCUCAAGUGUUAUAUGAUAUUCCUGAACCCGUUAAAUUCGACGUCGUGACAAGCGAAUCCGAUAUCGUGUAACUGGAGUGUAAACAUGCUUCAUUGCAAUGAUAAUGAAUAAAUUGAAUAAAUAUAUAUAUAUAUAUAUAUAUAUAUAUAUAUAUAAUAUAUGAGUGGUUUGUAAUUCUUCUUCAGACAUUAAAAUUUUAAUAAAAAGUUAAAAAUAUUAAAACCGUCCAAACGUUUCUCCGAUUAAGGCUUCUUCAGUGGACUAAUUGUUCGAGUAAUAUUAGGUUCCUUAUAUACCUAAUCACUGACAAAUGUUAAAAUUGACUAUAAAUAUGAAUAUUCAAAUCUAAAACAAUAAAAGAUAUUGUUCUAUACACAUGCUUAUAUACCUAUUGUUAUAUACGAACGUUAUACAUUAAUUACUCUCCCAAUACAACCAUUCAUUAUCUCCCCUAAAUGUUUUUGAAUUUCGAUUGCCUCAAUACAUUUACGUUCAUCAUUGUAUCUAAUGUUCUUAUGAAUGAUUCUCCAAGUAAUGUCUCCCUGAUUUGGUUUGUCCUUUUUACUCUUGUGACUCAUUAUGUGUUUAAACACUGUUUGUUUAUCCAUUGAUAAAUGUUCUUUUAUACGCGAGCCAAUGGUCCUUCCGGUUUCUCCAAUAUACAAAUUUACGCAAUAUAUAUGAACAAUUAAUUUUGUAUACCACAUUCUUCUUCAAGCACUCAUUAGAUUUCUUAGCACUUUUAAAGGUCUCGCACUUGUCGGGACAGUUCAUUUGUCCUUUGGGAGCUGAAAACACUUGAGACAAUGGUUUACCAUUCACAAAACAAGCUUUUACGUUGUCAAUCCCCGAGUGUCGUAUAACAGAUGUUGCUCGUCUUUUAUAGUCUUCAUUUCUGUAUGGUAAUUUUACGUAGAUGAGCUUAUCUGAGUCGAUUUCAGUUUGUUUGCGUUGUCUGUUAUUCUUGGUAUUCUUUGUCGUUGUCUGUUAUUCUUGGUAUUCUCCCAACAAGUGCGACACCUGUAAAAGUGCUAAGAAAUCUAAUGAAUGCUUGAAGAAGAAUGUGGUAUACAAAAUUAAUUGUUCACAUUGCGGAAAUUUGUAUAUUGGAGAAACCGGAAGGACCAUUGGCUCGCGUAUAAAAGAACAUUUAUCAAUGGAUAAACAAACAGUGUUUAAACACAUAAUGAGUCACAAGAGUGAAAAGGACAAACCAAACCAGGAAGAUAUUACUUGGAGAAUCAUUCAUAAGAACAUUACAUACAAUGAUGAACGUAAAUGUAUUGAGGCAAUCGAAAUUCAAAAACAUUUAGGGGAGAUAAUGAAUGGUUGUAUUGGGAGAGUAAUUAAUGUAUAACGUUCGUAUAUAACAAUAGGUAUAUAAGCAUGUGUAUAGAACAAUAUCUUUUAUUGUUUUAGAUUUGAAUAUUCAUAUUCAUAGUCAAUUUUAACAUUUGUCAGUGAUUAGGUAUACUGAUAAGGAACCUAAUAUUACUCGAACAAUUAGUCCACUGAAGAAGCCUUAAUCGGAGAAACGUUUGGACGGUUUUAAUAUUUUUAACUUUUCAUUAAAAUUUUAAUGUCUGAAGAAGAAUUACAAACCACUCAUUAUUAAUACCAGACAUGAUACCUCAAACACCUUCAUAUAUAUAUAUAUAUAUAUAUAUAUAUAUAUAUAUAUAUAUAUAUAUAUAUAUAUAUAUAUAUAUAUAUAUAUAUAUAUAUAUAUAUAUAUAUAUAUAUAUAUAUAUAUAUAUACGAGUAGGUGUGUGUAUACGAAACGAAAGGCAAAGACUGCUCAAUUUCAUAAAGAUAGAGCAAAUGUAGAAUUACGCUUACCUAAAAAUUCCGCAACAGUCUGUGUCAUCAGUAAAGAAUCAUCAGGCGUUACAUUUAUCGUGCCCUCUCAUCACUCGAAAACUGGUUUUACUAAUUUUGACGGAAUUUUGCAUCAUAGCGCUCCUUUAAUUAAGGAAGAAAAAAAUCUUAUGUUUUUUCAUAUGUGUUGAAGAUUACCACACAUUUUAAUGCAGUCUUCCUUCGAAAAUCUGACGUCCGUGUUGACAAAAACGUCGCUCGCUUUAUGCUCGUUAUCAGCGACCUUAUAGGCUAUAAGCGUGUAGGAAGGGAACGCGACUGUCAGGGAAAACAAACUCGUUGAAGCAAAUGAUUGCAGAAGAAAACCUGUCGUCUAUUAUCCAUCGUAUGAAAAUACUGUGAUAUAGUUCAAGUAUCAAAGUUAAUUUAUAAGGUUAAUGAUUGACAAAAGUUCUAGAACCCAAUUGAAAAUAGCAAUUGACCCACGCAGCUUGAACAUGAACUUGAAAUGUAAGCGUUGUGUACAAGGCGUGAUAAUCUGCAUUUUGCCGUUGUAAACAGAGCAACAGCGUGAUAAUGUGCAUGCAUUUUGCCUUUGUAAACAGAGCAAGAGCAACUGCGACGUCCAAAACUUCCGUAGGAUUUGAGUCUGGAUUUCAGUUCAGUUAAAUUUUGCCCAUUUUCUUGCAUUAAUAUAUGAUAUUAAUAGCCGCCCUCGUUGCACUUUUGUCCUGCUCUUAAGUUCUUAAUAACGAUCAUAGUUCUUAUAAUUAUAAAAGUGUAAAAUCUAAGGUUGUUUCUUGUUACGUCCCCGUACUAUAUUAAGCCUUGCUUAAGUUCGCUAUUCGUCCGAAGGCGAAGGAUUUUGCGCGCUUUUCUUAACUCGAGCAACAUUCCGAAGUGUUUGGAUCAGGCCAUCCAAACAUGGAAAUCAUAAAGUAAUUGUUUUAUAAAAUAACAACAACAGGAUAGAUUGGUCUGAUCAAAACAACAACAUGAUAGAUUGGCCUGAUCCAAACACGGGUUUAAACCAAUCAGAGCACGCGUUAUAUACAUGUUAUUUUAUACAUGUUGUUGUCUUUAUUUUAGGAUUUUUACUUUCGUCAUCACGCAAUUGUUGAUAUAAUUGAAAUUUGUAACAUGUAUUCCCUGAAAAUUAUCAACAAUAUUUACAUAUUUCAUCAUAAAAUGCUCAGUUGUGUUGUUGCUAUACGUGUAUAGGCUAUAUUUUAGAUUUAGUGCAUGCAUGUCAUAAUUUUAUUAUUUAAAAAGGUUCAUGAGCGAUCAUGAGUUUCCUAUCCAGUAUUUUUACGAUCCAUGAUAAUAUUACGGCAGUCAGAUAUGGAUGGUUCGCGAGCUCACUUUUUUAACUGUUAUUUAAGAUACUCCAUGCCAAUUUUCCCUGCGUGAAGUAAAUAACCGAAGAAAGUUGGUGAAUAUCAAUGUUCCUUCACGUACUUCAUGUAUAUGUCCAUGUGGUAACACAUGCACAAUGCGAUCACAAGUCACACUUCUUCCAAAUACUUGUAUUGGAUUUGUCCAACAAACGUAAGUAUUCGUGCAACAAUAUAUUCAGGGCCGUGCAACAAUAUAUUCAGGGCCGAAAAAUUCAGGUAACAAUCAUGUCUGACUUGGGGGAAGAAUUAGCAUUCAAUAUAAGUUAUAGGUUAAUAGUGGUACAAAUUUAGCAUCAGGGACUAUACGCAGAGAAUGAAAAAUUUAAUUCCCCUCGGGAUAAAAACAAAAGUUUAUAUUAUCUGGGUUGACCAGAAUUUAAGAGUAGAAUAUAUUUAUUCUCUCGUAUUGUAUUUAUAUUCCCAUUCUCCUAUGACGAUUUGGCGUAUGUUUAAUAUAUUUCUCACGCAAUUUUCACACAAAACGAGCUUAACUUCUCUUAACUUAUCUUCAUUAACAUAUCUUCUUCUGUCUCGCAUAAACUCCAGACCUCUGAUUACGAUCAUGUCAAGAGAAAUAAGAGUUUAAAUUUCACUUUUUCCCUCUAGAUUAACUUGGUGCGAACCGUAUUUUAAUAUAUUCGACAGCUCAGGAGAAUGCGUGUUUAGGAUGGACGGUUCAUUUUCAAUGAUGUUUUUCUCCAUUGGCAGGCAUCAGGUAACUUUUGGAAACAUACGCUUAGUCUGACAGCGAAAAACUGCUCAUCUUUACACGUUGCACAAUCGAGGGUCGCAAACAUCUACAGUUAGCACAAAAUAUUUGUUUGCUUCUGAAUACCACAACACUUUAUUUAGCGUUACUUAGUACAAGUUUACUGAAAUGUCAUACAAGCUUGUUAUCAUCAUCAUUUUAACCAUCAUCCAUUUUGCUAUCAUCAUCUUUUCAACCAUCAUGCCCUUUUGAUGACAUCAUCUCUCUAGCCAUGGUCCCAUUUUUUUAUUUAUCAUCAUCUUUUCAACCAGCAUCCCAUUUUACUAUCAUCAUCUUUUCAACCAUCAUCUCAUUUUGUUAUCAUUAUCUUUUCAACCACCAUCCCAUUUUGUUAUUUAUCGUCUCUUCAACAAUCAUCCCAUUUUGUUAUAAUUAUCCUUUCAACCACCAUCUCACUUUACUAUCACGAUCUUGUCAACAAUCUCCCAUUUUGUUAUCAUUAUCUUUUCAACCACCAUCCCAUUUUGUUAUCAUUAUCUUUUCAACCAUCAUCCCAUUUUGUUAUCAUUAUCUUUUCAACCAUCAUCCCAUUUUGUUAUCAUUUCUUUUCAACCAUCAUCCCAUUUUGUUGUCAUUAUCAUUUCAACCAUCUUCCCAUUUUGCUAUCAUCAUCUCCUCAGCCAUCAUCCCAUUUUGUUAUCAUUAUGUUUUCAACCAUCAUCCAUUUUGCUAUCAUCAUUUCUUCAUCCAUGUCAUUAUGUUAUCAUUAUCUUUUCAACCAUCGUCUCACUUUGCUAUAUCUGGUGAUUUUUUUUGUCAUUAUCUUUUCAAUCAUCAUCCCAUUUUGCUAUCAUCAUCUCUUCAACUAUCUUCCCAUUUUGCUAUGAUCAUCUCUUCAGCCAUCAUCCCAUUUUGUUAUCAUUAUCUUUUCAAUCAUCAUCCCAUUUUGUUAUAAUUAUCUUUUCAACCACCAUCUCACUUUGCUAUCACCAUCUUGUCAACAAUCUCCCAUUUUGUUAUCAUUUUCUUGUCAACCAUCAUCUUUUCAAUCAUCAUCCCAUUUUGCUAUCAUUAUAUUUUCAAUCAUCAUUCCAUUUUGUUACAAUUAUCUUUUCAACCACCAUCUCACUUUGCCAUCACCAUCUUGUCAACAAUCUCCCAUUUUAUUAUUAUCUUUUCAACCAUCAUCCAAUUUUGCUAUCAUCAUCUCUUCAACCAUCAAGCCAUUUUGUUAUCAUUAUCUUUUCAACCAUCAUCUCACUUUGCUAUCACCAUCUUGUCAACAAUCUCCCAUUUUGUUAUCAUUAUCUUGUCAACCACCAUCCUAAUUUGUUAUCAAAUACCAUCCUAUUUUGUUAUCAUCAUCGUCUUUUCAACCAUCCUCACAUUUCCAGUAUAUUCACUGUUAGUGUGUUACAUUUUAUUAAUACAUAUAUAACCCUUGAAAUGAACAGUGUUUAAACAAUCCGGCCGCCUUAUUUUAAGGUCUGAGUAAACUACAAUAAUAUUAUAUUAUAUUUAUUAUUAUAUCGUCCGGUCGUCCUAGUUUGUGGAAAAUAGGCCGGGUUACUGAUUGGAUUGUUGCAAAUAUCAAAGUGAAAUAUCGUUUAUGCACGAAACACUGAUGACAAUCCUUAUAGUGUUAACAAACCUAAGUCAGUGUCAUCCAGGCUUACUUGAACUCUUUUCCAAACGAAGUUAGCGGGGUUCACCAUUGAAAAAUCUUACCCUGGUUUACACGGGUUACGUUUCGUAGUGUAAAUCGGGCUCAAACAUGAUUCAUUUGCCUGACUGAUUACUGCCCUUACAUCGAUUUUUUCUUGUUGAAACAAAAUUAAUUUUAGUCUUUCCUGAACAGGUGACUGAUAUGGAUGAACGUAUAGUUGGUGAUAUAUUCGUGGAUUAUUCUGCUUCAGAAGGAUUGCACAGAAUUUAUGUAAAAUGUAAGUAUGCUAUUGGCAGUUGAAACAAAGUUGCAAAUAUUGUAAAUUAUAAGAUUAAUUUUAUACACAAUCACUGGCACCAUUCUGUCAUAUUACAACCGUCCAGGUACACCACGAUUUUGAACGCAAUUUAGAAAAAGAAAACCAUGAGAUUUAUCGAACAGUCAAUAAUUUAAUUUAAUAAUUGCGGCAAACAGAGUCCGAAAAUUUGCAUUGCUAGAACGAUGAUUGGUAUUUGUGAUUCGUUCCUAGGCUAUGAAAACCUUUCCAAUACCCCCCUUUUCCACAGACAGGUGCCACGAUGGCCGAAGCUUGCAUGAGUCUCGAGGGUGGUAAUCUCCAAUGGGACAGUUAACACUCGGGCAGUAUAAAAGCCCAGACCAAAAUGGGGGACAUUCAAGGAGUGAACUUUUUUAGUUCACUUUUCCAAGUUACUUUUUGGCACUCAUUUACUUAUGGAGUGUAUGUCAACACAAUUGCAUUAUUCUUAUGUAUAUUAUUAGGUCGGAAAGGGCAAGGGGACGCUGCAUGCAUGAUUGUUUUUUCUGUUUUAUUCUUGUAUUAUUCUAUCACAAAUGCCGUUCUUUCGUGGACAUUAUUUUGUUCUACAAGUAUUUUGUUUACACUGAAAUAGUUCCCAUCACUUCAUAACAAAUGUUGGAUAAGUACGUUCCACAAAUUCGUCACUGGCAUUCGGGAUAGGGUGGCUACUGAGAGUAACGUCACCUACGACAUAUUUCAUUAUAAAUCUAUUGUCCCACGGUGCCACCAAGUCAAAUAAAGUUUAAAUAAAUAAAUUGGUAUUUGAUUCAAAGGAAAAAGUUUCAUACAAUAUUAAUCAUGAUUGUAUUAUUGCGUUUUAUAGUUGAUAAAGAUUUGAGUAUUUCAACCAAGCUGACAUUACUUGGUGCUGGAUUAAUGUUCUCAAAUGCUCAAGCCAGCAGAGUAUAAUCUCUCCUGUGUGCUGUAACUAAACUAACAACCACUAACGCUAACAUGUACAAACAAUGAUAAAUUAUUUUAUCGUUAUAAUUUAGUCUAUGAAAUAUAUAUAAUUAUGUAUUUGUAGUUAAGUGCUAACUGAUUAGGGCAAGACCAUUAGAAAAUUGAGGGAAGCGGGAGGGGUUUCCGCCAAAUUAUUUUGAGCUUUUGAAGCUGCACUGCCAUUCAAUGCCGUG